GCGAGUCGGUACGCGAUCGCACACAGCAGUCAUGGCUCUAUCGCGGUACCUUUUCCUGGCGUUAGUCGUGGUGGCAUCGACGGUUGCUCCUGCCCCCGGAAAGUCUGCGUCCACGAAGCAUGCCGGGAAUAGUCAGCCAAAGCUCUGGGCUCUACUCGUGGCUGGUUCGAAUGACUAUUCCAACUACCGGCACCAAGCCGACAUUUGCCAUGCGUAUCACGUUCUGCGAAACCAUGGCAUUCCUGACGAACGUAUCGUGGUCAUGAUGUACGAUGACAUCGCCAAUGCUACGGAAAACCCAACGCCUGGUAUUGUCAUCAAUCAUCCCAAGGGAAAAGAUGUUUACGAGGGAGUCCCCAAGGACUAUACUGGAGACCUCGUCACUCCGCAAAAUUUCCUGGACAUACUUCAAGGAAAGAAGGUGAAAGGCGGCAGCGGGAAAGUUAUAGCCAGCGGGCCAAACGACCAUAUAUUUGUCAACUUCGCUGACCAUGGAGCUCCUGGUCUUAUCGCAUUCCCCAACGACGAGCUGCAUGCCCGUCCAUUCGUUAAUGUCAUCAAAAGCAUGCACAAAGAGAAGAAGUUCGCGAAGAUGGUGAUCUACAUCGAGGCCUGUGAGUCCGGUUCUAUGUUCGACGGCCUGCUUCCGAACAACAUGAACGUGUACGCCACUACCGCAGCUAAUCCUGACGAGUCUUCAUACGCUUGCUACUGGGACGACAAAAGGCAGACGUAUUUGGGUGACCUAUACAGCGUCAAUUGGCUGGAAGACUCGGACAAGGAAGACCUGCACAAGGAGACACUCAUCGAUCAGUUCCAGAUAGUGAAAGAAGAAACCAACACUAGCCAUGUCAUGGAGUAUGGUGACCUGAACAUCGGAAAGCUUCCGGUCGGUGAGUUUCAGGGCGAAGAGGACGCGAAGCCAAUCGUCCUACCAAAAGUACCAUAUGACGCCGUCUCCAGCCGCGACGUCCCCAUAGCUGUUCUAAGAAAGAAGCUCGCGAAGGCCUCCAAUGCUCAAACUAAGCGGUCAUUGAAGCACAAACUACAGCAAGCUCUUCGGAACAGGUCCUUCCUGAAGGAGAAAGUCGCCGAGUUUGCUUCGUUCCUCGGUCAAGGGAACGAGGAUAGCACCGAAUCGGUCCUGGGUGCGAAGCGGCAGCUAACCAAAUUUGAUUGUUACGAGCAGACGGUAAGGUAUUUCAAUGACCGGUGCUUCAAUCUCGCGAAGAACCCAUACGCCCUCGAACACCUGCGCGUUUUGGUGAACGUUUGUGAGUCGGCAUACAAACUUUCGGAGAUCUUCGAAGCCAUGGACUUGGCAUGCACCCACCCGACUGUUGUAGGUAUUGUGUAAAUACUAGUCUGCGCGAUAACUUAAAGAUGCAUGUGGUUCAGCAUUUUUUAUGUGAAUUAGGUACACAAGAAAGGCACCAAAAGAAAUGACAAUAAAUUCGAUAAUAAAUUCGAUUCUGUAAUUACUUUUUAUAGUGCCGUGUGCAUGUGCUUCCGUGUGCGCGUGUUGCAAGCAGCUUGCAAAUGUGCAAGUACACUUCGAGACAAAUACGCCUCGACACUGGGUGCAUCCAUCGGACCGUUUCCCUCCUAUUUCGCUCCUUUUACCGGCGCGCGCAUCAUAAGCCAUAGUUUUUAUGUCGGCCUGCGCGGCUGGCAAUGAACGCACGACCGCUUACAAUAACCGCUGGCGAAUUGACAAUUUUUUUAAACAUACUUUCAUUGGCUGACUCUAAGCAUAGGGGGUCGUUCGUGCAAACGCUCGAAGGUUCAAGCUGCUUGCUUACAAUGAUAGUUCCAAAAUGAAAUUGACAACUCGAAGAAAGCUGUUAUGCCAUUGAUGACAUUGUACCCUCCAGAUACUAAAAUUUCUUUUACAUGCACUUUCUCACUCAUAUUACAUCACUGCUAUGUUUCGCCUCGAUAGCCCUUGUAGAUACCAAACCACAAAGAUUAAGUACCCCUUGCAAAUAUCAGGUUUGGUAAGUUUUUACUGUGUCACUACGUACACAAACCUACGAAAGCAAAAAAAAUGGUAUCCAUCCGAUGGUAGCGCAAAACUACAAUGGAAACCCACUCAGGUUUCUCUUUCUUCGUGCUAUAGCCGGUUGGAAGACUAUAACAUUCCGGCCGCGAGCAAGGUGGCGUCACGUCAAUGCCACCUUUAACCCACCAAUAGCUAGCAGCAGCGAGAAUAACUGAGGGUUCUCGUGAAAGAAUGAGAAUACUUUUGAAGUGUGCUACUUAAGGGGGGAAGAAGGGAGAAACAAAAGCAAACAAGCGGCACAAUCCCCGUGGUACUGGUGGUGACAAAAGAGCUGGUGAGCAGUCGGUUUCAAUGUGAGAGAACUUGCCAAGUAGAUAUUGGUGGCGCAGUUAUUUGGCCACUAUCUAUUGAAAGCCUUGUCGAGGUAACAUAUCGUAUGCCUUUGGCCAAAGGUAUCUCUUUCCCUUGGGGUGCGCUUUGGACGCGUUUCAUUUUCGGCCACAGAUUCAUUGUUUUCUAGCAUCAACAUCAAAUUA